AUGGAUGGCGACUACCAGGACCAAGCCACCAUGAUACACCUCUACGUCGAGCACCUCAUCAACAUACGCACACUAUCCCUCCAGGCUUCGCUCGCCACAGUCUCAAACAAGGAGACCAAAGCCACUCUUUCAGCAGACGGCAGUCUCCUGACACUAACCCAUGAGGGCCAGACAGCAAGCAUAACACUUCCUGUCAAUCUCUCACCAAACAGGCAAAGCAAUGUCAUCUUCACCAUCCCGGCCAUACCAUCAAGAGACCUCAGCUUCCGUAUUCAGCUCGAAGAAAAGGAGCUGAAGCCAGAUAGCAAAGGCUUCCUCCCAAAUGGCCAGUCUGACGAUGGCAACGUCAUUCCCUGGACCGCGGAUACGUUGACGGCUGACACUGCGAUCCGCUGCAGGAUGUGUGAUAUGCCACUCCUUGAACGUGGGAAGGUUCAGACAUGGAAGGAUCUUCCCUCCGAAGGCUGGGCGGAGAUGAUGGAAUUCUGGCAUUGUCACAAACCUCACGAACCUCACGCCCACGAGAACGGCGAGGGUGAAAAGAAAGGCUAUGCUGCAGGCAGCCAGCUGGCACUUGAGGCAGGUGUUGGCAUGGUCGACCCGCUAGACUUCCUGCUGCUGCCGGUGGAUUGCGCCAACGUCGAGGUACGAGCAAGUCAGAUUGACUCUCUCCUCGAAUGUACUCAGUGUAAUUCCACCAUUGGACACGUUGAAAGCACGACUGGUGGCUACAGGCUGCGCAAACUCAACCUCUCUGUGUCGUCGAGAGAGCAUAAGUCAUCAGUGUCAUACGACAAACAAAAGUGGCUCGCCUGUCUCUUGCUCUGCGCCAUGGACACCAAAGGCGUGCGCAAGUUCAUUGUCCAUGUUGGCGACAAGACCAUGAAGCUCUGGCUGUUCACUCCCGAUCUCACAAUAUCAUCUUCUGCUUCGGAAUCACCAGAGCCCACCAGAGUGGUUAAGGUCCUAUGGCAGGAGUUGGAUCCGUCUGAGCAAGACAUACCUGAACGACUAACAGCGGCUUCGCUGGCCGAAGACGAGCUACGUGUGCUAGAUGAAGAAGCCCAGACUCUGCACAAGCUUCUUGACGACAGCGCUCAACUACUCCCGGAAGGCGCCAGGAAGUUUCAAGACUGGAACGUCGGGUUACUGCAGCGCUUCACCGCUGCUGAUAUUAAGCCACUCUGA